GCGUGGUUGCCGCACCCCCAGACACGCCCACUACACGGCGCGCUGCUGAAGUCCCUGGCAGGGGUAGGAUUAGAUUAAAUUAAUGUUUAAAUUAAAUGACAUCUGUUUAAGUUAAAUGACAGUCAAACAAAGUGAGCAGACACAAAGCUGGAUUAUAUUUUUAUAAUGUCAUAUGUUAAUCAUAGCCAAAAGCUUCCUUUGUUCGUAAGUUAUUAGCCCCUUAGCUUCACUUAGCGGCGUUAGCACUGUGCUCAGUGUUAUCAUCAUCAUCUAUCAUUAACUCUAUCAUCAUUAACUCUAUCAUUAACCCCGUUAUCAUUAAACCUAUCAUCACUAACCCUAUCAUCAUUAACUCUAUCAUCAUUAACUCUAUUAUCAUUAAUCCCGUUAUCAUUAACUCUAUCAUCAUUAACUCUAUCAUCAUUAACUCUAUCAUUAACCCCGUUAUCAUUAAACCUAUCAUCACUAACCCUAUCAUCAUUAACUCUAUCAUCAUUAACUCUAUCAUUAACCCCGUUAUCAUUAACUCUAUCAUCAUUAACUCUAUCAUCAUUAACUCUAUCAUUAACCCCGUUAUCAUUAACUCUAUCAUCAUUAACUCUAUCAUCAUUAACUCUAUCAUUAACCCCGUUAUCAUUAAACCUAUCAUCACUAACCCUAUCAUCAUUAACUCUAUUAUCAUUAAUCCCGUUAUCAUUAACUCUAUCAUCAUUAACUCUAUCAUCAUUAACUCUAUUAUCAUUAAUCCCGUUAUCAUUAACUCUAUUAUCAUUAAUCCCGUUAUCAUUACCGGAUCAUGGAGUCGAGGCACAGGGAUCUCCUCCGAGCGCAGAGGCUGCAUCUGUGCGAGCAGCUCGUAGUGGAUGAUCUGAUAAUUCAGUAUUUAUAUCAAGAGGACAUUUUAACCGAGGCUCAAGUGGAGGAAAUUCAGUCACAGAAGUCUAACAAAAACAAGACAUUAAUGCUGCUUAGUAUUCUUCCAAACCGUGGCCCCAAUGCUUUUAAAGUGUUUGUGCAAUCCCUCGAGCAGGACUUCCCCUGGAUUAAAGAGAAACUGCUGCUUUUAGCUGAGGGAGAGGAGGAUGAGGAGGAUGGAGGAAGGGGGACAGAGCUGUCCAACACCUCCGCUCAGUGGGCAAUUCCCAAAGAUAUCCUUCAAAUGGUUCCAUCUGAUCAGCAGCUGAAUAGGCUGGCAGCUCGGCUCGGCUUGGAGUGGGAGAUGGUGCUGCUGGACUUGGGCUUGACAUCGGUAGAGAUCUCCCGCUGCCGUGCAGAUCAUCCACACAGCAGUCACAGUCAGGUUCUGGCAGCCCUGGUGAUGUGGAAGCAGACUCAGGGUCGGAGAGCCACGGUGCAGCGUCUACUCCAGAGCCUACAGAAUUCAGAAAUUCAUCCUUCUUCCCUCAACCAAGUGUUUGUCUGAGGCUACUAGGAGAAUGUGUACUGGUUCUGCCACUAAGAAUAAACCUCUGUGCCCAAACAGGAGAGAUAAACACACGCACCAGUGCUGUAUGUUUCAUACAGAGCGAUGCUGAAGAAAGCCAGAGAUUCUUACUUUUUUUCUUGCUACUUUUUCAUCAUGACAGGUUGCUGAUAUAUACUGUAGAAUGGAAGUACCACCAUCUGAACUUUAUCUUUAAGAUUUUAUCUCUGUUUGACAUAGGAACUUUUAGGAGAAUUUUAAAACUUUAAUUUGCUUAAAAUGUGCUAUUAGUCAAUAAAUUGUAUGGAUUUAAAAUGUAUUCAACACAAUAAAUGCAGUAAUUUUAUUUAGUUUUUAUUUACACUAUAAAUACACUGAUCAGCCAUAACAUUAAAAUCACUGAGAAGUGAAAUGAAUAACAUUGAUUAUCUUGUUACAAUGGCACAUGUCAACGGGUGGGAUAUAUUAGGCAGCAAGUGAACAGUCAGUUCUCAAAGUUGAUGUUUAGGUGACUGGGCACCCAAGGCUCACUGAUGCACAUGGGGAGUGAAGGCCCGUCUGGUCCGAUCCCACAGAAGAGCUACUGUAGCACAAACUGCUGAAAAAGUUAAUGCUGCUCUGAUAGAAAGGAGUCAGAACACACAGUAGCUGCAGACCAGUCAGAGAGCCCAUGCUGACCCUGUCCACCACCGAAAGCUUCUACAUUGGGCACGUGAGCAUCAGAACUGGACCAUGGAGCAAUGGAAGAAGGUGGCCUGGUCUGAUGAAUGAUGUUUUCUUUUACAUCACGUGGACGGCCGGGUGCGUGUGUGUCGCUUACCUGGGGAAGAGAUGGCACCAGGAUGCACUAUGGGAAGAAGGCAAGCUGGCGGAGGCAGUGUGAUGCUCUGGGCAAUGUUCUGCUGGGAAACCUUGGGUCCAGACAUUCAUGUGGAUGUUACUUUGACACAUACCACCUACCUAAACAUUCCUGCAGACCGAGUGACACCCCUUCAUGGCAACGGUAUUCCCUAAUGGCAGUGACCUCUUUCAGCAGGAUAAUGCUCCCUGCCACACUGCAAACAUUGUUCAGGAAUGGUUUGAGGAACAUGACAAACUGUUCAAGGUGUUGAAUUGGCCUCCAAAUUCCCCAGAUCUCAAUCCAAUCGAGCAUCUGUGGGACAAACAAGUCUGAUGCAUGGAGGCCCCACUUGCAACUUACAGGACUUAAAGGAUCUGCUGCUAACGUCUUGGUGCCAGAUACCACACACACACCUUCAGAGGUCUUGUGGAGUCCAUGCCUCGACGGCUCAGAGCUGUUUUGAUGGGUUUUAAUGUUACGGUUGAUCGGUGUAUGUACUGACCUGACUCUGUGUGUGUGUGUAUGUGUGUGUGUUUGUGGUUGUGUGUUUUCAAAGUCAAAAUAUAUUGUCAACAAAUCGUUAGCAAAAACUUAAAAACUGAAAAAUGCUGUUUGCAUAAGUAUUCAACCUGUGUGCUAUGGAAGCUUUAUACAGAUGAAAGAUAGCAAUAUAUAACAAACUCUAAUAUAGUAAUAAGAUAUGUAAUAUUGGAUCAUUUUCCUCAAUAAAUAAAUGAGUAUGA